AAUGGGCAGGAAAAACCUUUUGGAAAACAACCGGGCGAAAGAUGGUAUUUCGGGGUGGGAGGUGACGGCGGCUGGCGGGGACGGCUUCUGUUGCGAGGACGAGAUAUCAGGAUGUAAGGACAUCUGCGAAUGUACGUCCGUCAAAGGGAGUUGCGGCUACUGGUGCACGAGUCAUGACCCGUGCGAAAAGCGACAGCUGGUAGACUUGCUGGAUAAGGGUAUUAGCGACACGAAACUGGACGGGAAGAAGCCUCCUAUUACCGUCAGAGACUGGUACUGUUCCCGGGGGGACUGCGGAUGCGAGUACUGGGUGAAGGUGCGGUUGUUGGGGGAGGACCGGGAGACGGAGUUGGAUGCCUGGGAGUUUAAGGACACUCUCGAGGAGGGCGCUGAUUGGAAGAAGUCGAGGCACGUGUUUAAGGGGUACCCUGAUGGAGUUCGGUUUGUGGAGUUCAGCCACGGGGGUAAUGACUCUCAGAACAGGGAGGGGCAUUAUGGAGUCAAGAUGACGAACUCGGCGGUCUUCGUCGGCAUGAAGAGGAGUAACAAGAAGAAAAGGAGUUACCAGCAUAGGCUAGGUAUAGCCAGGGACCCAAAAGAGAUCCAAAAUAUGUGCGCAAAAUUAGUUCUUAACCGAGGCAAUUAUGACGGGGCCAAGCAAGCUCUCUAUGAUCUGCACUGGCUGCCAAUUAGGGCUAGAAUCAAUUUCAAGAUAUUGACAGUUAUGUUCAACUGUGGUACUGGGAGUGGGAGAGUGGGAAACGAAGCAGAAAGUUAUUUUCAGUGUUACAUCGACGGACAGUGUAGGCAAAGAGCAGAAAUGGGCAGGAAAAACCUGUUGGAAAACAACCGGGCGAAAGAUGGUCUUUCGGGUUGGGAGGUGACGGCCGCUGGCGGGGACGGCUUCUGUUGCGAGGACGAGAUAUCAGGAUGUAAGGACAUCUGCGAAUGUACGUCCGUCAAAGGAAGUUGCGGCUACUGGUGCACGAGUCACGACCCUUGCGAGAAGCGACAGCUAGUAGACUUGCUGGAUAAGGGUGUUAGCGACGCGAAACUGGACGGGAAGAAGCCUCCUAUUAUCGUCAGAGACUGGUACUGUUCCCGGGGGGACUGCGGGUGCGAUUACUGGGUGAAGGUGCGGUUGUUGGGGGAGGACCGGGAGACGGAGCUGGACGCCUGGGAGUUUAAGGACACUCUAGAGGAGGGCGCUGAUUGGAAGAAGUCGAGGCACGUGUUUAAGGGGUACCCGGAUGGAGUUCGGUUUGUGGAGUUCAGCCACGGGGGUAAUGACUCUAAGAACUGGGCGGGGCAUUUCGGAGUCAAGAUGACGAACUCGGCGGUCUUCGUCGGCAAGAAGAGGAGUAACAAGAAGAAAAGGACGGCGAGAUCAGCUUCCGGGAAGAACCUUCUGAAAAAUCCAGACGCAACAGAUGGAAUGGAUGGCUGGGAAGUUGUGGAAAACGGCGGUGACGGAUGGAUAGUGGAGGAAGAGGCUGGCGGUUGUGAACCCAUACAGGACGCCAACCCUGACGCCAGCGGCAACAGUUGCUGGGCAACGUCCCAUGGCAACUGUGUGAAAAAGCAGACGAUCGACCUCAGUUUUUCCGGCAUCGACAAUGACGUCAUUGAUGACCAGAAACCAGAAAUAAAAGUGUCCGAGUGGUACGGUAGCCGGGGAGACGCCGGAUGUCAGUAUCGCCUGCAUGUUCGGCUGCUGAACGCCGAUCUUGAGGAGUUGGACCAAAAGGACGUCACCAACACAAAGGACGCCGCUUCCGGUUGGAGCAAGGCGGAGCUGUCCUUCACAGACUACGGCUCUGGUGUCAGGUUUCUCGAGUUGUCACAUGGAGGUAGUGACACGUGCUCGUGGGCGGGGCAUUUUGGCGUCAAGAUCACCGGCUCCUGCGUUACCAUGGAGAUAGCCGAGCAGACGUCAUCCUCAUCUUCCUCGUCUUCCUCGUCUUCGUCGUCUUCCUCUGACGAAAAUUAGACUUGUUUCGAAAUGACGCCUAUAGUUUACCGUCGGAGAUUAUUCAACUUUCGUCGCUUAUAAGUAUUAUUGACACAAAUAUUUUCAACUCAAGGAAAACGCGGUGUUUCUGAUGUCGAAGAUUGCUUGGUGCGAGCUCUAACUGUCGCAUGAUCAGCUUUUAAACGGGUUUAGUUGAAUUUCCUGUGUGUCCACUUCUCUCUGAGUAUAUAUUAUUUCUUAAUGUGUGCAUGAACUUAAAACCUUUCUAAAAUGUGAUGUUUUUUCAUUGUAGUAGUAGAAAGCAACGAGAAUAAACUAAAUGAAAUAGU